AUGGAUCUAAUUGGUGAUUUGUGCAGCCGUUCUGAACAGAUCACUGUGCAACAGAAGGAAACGCUACUCAGAUUGAAAGAGGAACAGCAGGUAUGGCGAAAGGUCGCUGAAAAAAUCGAGGAAGUUACAAGACAAAAUGAACAACUUAUCAUUGCAAAACAAGAACUCGAACAGCGCCUGACUGAACAUAAUAAAGGAAAUGGAAUGUCCCAGAACAGUGAGGUAGAAGGAAACCAAUCUCGGACGCAAUGGCAAAGAGUGGAUAGUUCACAUAUUAUCAACAACAACCUAUCACAACCGAACAGUGUCACCUUUCUUCAGAGCACCGAUAAAAUCGUUGUUACAGAUCAUGAUAACGGUUUACUGCUUUUCUCUACACAAUUUGGACUCAUCAAAAAAGUUUCUAGUUCAGAGUGGAAAUGGCCCCAGUCCGCUAUUUACACUCUAGAUAAUAAAAUCUUGGUUUCCGCGAUGGUAAAAGAUAAAAGUGGAAACAAAGCGGUAUGGAAGCGUAAUUUAAUGAGAUUUGACGAAAAACUAGAAUUCAUUUCGAGGAUUGAAGGACCAAAAUGGAUAGAGAAUGAAACGAUUACUAAGGAACAUUUGUGCAUGGCAUUAAAUGGUUACAUAUAUUUAUGCGUUACUGGAGAAACAUUUUCGGCUCUGUAUGAACUCACAACCGAUGGUCAAUGGACCGAACUUUGCCAUAAACGGAGUACAAAGUUCUCUAACAUACAAGUGUUGGCGGUCAUUGAUGUGAUAACAGAACUUCUGGUCGUAGAACAAAAACGAGGUUAUAUUUGGCUGCUGAGUAUUCGGGAAUCUACUAUAUGCGACCGAAACAUAAUUGCUGCCGUGGAAAAACCUGGAGCACUGUGCAUUGACAACGAAAACCAACUCUUCAUUCAUGACAUUAGACAGUCGAAAAUUCGUCUUUUAGAAGCACGUACCUUUGAGGUAUUUCAGGAUGUAGCUCUUACUUCUAAAAAUCUAACAGCUGUCACUGCUUAUCAAGGACUGUUAGUCGCAGUUUAUUGUGCUGACAAAAUUAUUCACCUCCAUAAGUAUUCACUUCCCCAUAAAAAGAGGUUCAUGUAA